GCGGAGCUGCUUGCCGCGCCUGCUGUCUGGCGCUUGUGCUUGCGCCGUAGCGAGAAGCCGGGCAGGGCGAGAGAGAGAGAGAGAGAGAGAGAGAGAGGAAGGGAACGCGGCGUGCCGGGGAUUUCCAGCCUGGGCUUCGGGAGGGCGGGAGAGGAAGUGCGGGGCGGGGUGAGGGAGAGAAAGAGAGCCGGGGCAGCGCACCAGGGACUUUCCAGGCAGCCGGAGCGAGGCGGCGGCUGCUGCUGCUGCUGCUGCGUUUGGCGGGGCUGCUGCUGGUGCAGCAGCAGGAGGAGAAGGCGGCGGCGGCGGCGCUGGUAGCGACGGCUCUUUUCUCCUCCGUCUCCCCUUCCCUUCCCUUCCUCGCGCAGGGAGAGGAGAGAAGGAAGCAGAUCUCCCGAUCUCCCAAGUUCAUCCUUCCAGCUGUUUGCUGCUAUCGCUGCUCGCCCCCCAGCCCACCCCCGCUGCUUCAGUCUGCCCCGGUGCUUGCUUUGGAGACGGGGGCGCGCGCGCCUGGGUGUGCAUUAUUGCUCUUUGAGAGAGACUACUUUGGAAGGCCGGGGAAAAAAAACACCUUAACGUCUCGGUGUUGGAAAGUGGAUCAGACCAGAAUAGCCUUGUAGCCAGUGCGGAAGAAGGAGCUCUUCUGUAAAGGACACAGAAAUAAAGUUACAGGAGUCAACAUUUGACGGUAUCAACUGGGAAACGGAUUCACAGUUCAUUUUUUGUUGCCUUUUCUUCUCUGUUCGAACGUAGAUGUCCUUGCCCCUUUCGUCUGCCAUUAUACAGUAAUAUUUAUCAACUGCAACAUGGACGCAAGCAAGAAAGCAGAUCCCCCGGUGUCAGUGGAACUGGUCCAAAAGGCAAAUCCCGACCGCAGCCCAGUGGCAUCCAUUUAUGUGCCCGAACAAGGUGGCUACAAAGAGAAAUUUGUGAAUGCGGUGGAGGACAAAUACAAAUGCGAAAAGUGCCACCUCAUUUUGUGCAAUCCAAAGCAGACAGAAUGUGGGCAUCGGUAUUGCGAGACCUGUAUGAAUGCUUUGCUAAGCUCUGCAAUUCCAAAAUGUACAGCAUGUCAAGAAACAAUAGUGAAAGAUAAGAUAUUUAAAGAUAAUUGCUGUCGGAGGGAGCUUCUUGCCCUUCAGAUAUUCUGCAGGAAUGAAAAUAAAGGUUGCAGAGAACAAUUGACCUUGGGACAGUUGCUUACCCACCUGAGAAAUGACUGUCUGUUUGAAGAGCUUCCAUGCCCUCGGGCUGAUUGCAAGGAGAAAAUACUGCGAAGAGACUUGCCAGACCACGUAGAGAAGACCUGUAAAUAUCGGGAAACAACGUGUAAAUACUGUAAAAACCAAGUCCCAAUGAUUAUGAUACAGAAACAUGAAGAUGCAGACUGCCCUUGCGUUAUGGUCACGUGUCCUCAUAAAUGUAGCGUUUCAGCGCUCCUGAGAAAAGAGUUGAAUGCACAUUUGUCAGAAUGUAUUAAUGCCCCAAGCACCUGUAGUUUUAAGCGUUAUGGCUGCAUUUUUCAGGGAACAAACCAGCAAGUUAAAGCACAUGAAGCCACCUCAGCAGUGCAGCAUGUAGACUUAUUGAAAGAGUGGAGUAAUUGUCUAGAAAAUAAGGUGGCCAUGCUCCAAAAUGAAAGUUUGGAAAAGAACAAGAGUAUACAAACUUUACAUAAUCAGAUUUGUAGCUUUGAAAUAGAAAUUGAGAGACAGAAGGAAAUGCUGCGGAGUAAUGAGUCCAAAAUACAUCACUUACAGCGAGUGAUAGACAGCCAAGCUGAGAAGCUGAAAGAAUUGGACAAAGAGAUCCGUCCCUUCCGACAGAACUGGGAGGAAGCGGACAGCAUGAAGAGCAGCGUCGAGUCUCUCCAGAACAGAGUGACUGAGCUGGAAAGCGUCGAUAAGAAUGCCGGGCAAGGAAAUAGGAAUGCAGGUCUGCUAGAAUCCCAACUAUCUAGGCAUGAUCAGAUGCUGAGCGUCCACGACAUCCGAUUGGCUGAUAUGGAUCUCCGCUUUCAAGUUUUGGAAACGGCCAGCUACAAUGGAAUAUUGAUCUGGAAAAUCCGAGAUUAUAAACGUCGGAAGCAAGAGGCAGUGAUGGGGAAGACGUUGUCCUUAUACAGUCAACCUUUUUAUACGGGGUACUUCGGCUAUAAGAUGUGUGCCAGAGUUUAUCUCAACGGAGACGGCAUGGGGAAAGGGACGCACUUGUCCUUGUUCUUUGUCAUCAUGCGGGGAGAAUACGACGCAUUGCUUCCGUGGCCCUUCAAGCAAAAAGUCACCCUUAUGUUGAUGGAUCAAGGACCUUCCAGGCGCCAUUUAGGGGAUGCUUUCAAACCAGACCCCAACAGCAGUAGUUUCAAGAAGCCCACCGGAGAAAUGAAUAUUGCUUCUGGCUGCCCAGUCUUUGUUGCACAGACUGUUCUAGAAAACGGAACAUAUAUUAAAGAUGAUACUAUUUUUAUUAAAGUCAUAGUGGAUACAUCGGACCUACCAGACCCCUGACGUAUAGCAGAGAGGCAGAUUCAACAGAAGACAACUCCAUUUGGGGCUCUUUUUUAUAUCUACCUGUCUUCAAUAAGAGGUCCCUAAAGCUCAGAGGGGACCAUCUUGUGUUAUCAGAGGGAAGCGUUUGGAGGCAUAAAUUUGCAUAGGGGUCCAAUGGCAAACGUAGCAACCCAUUAAGAAGUCAUACCAUGGUAUAUUUUCUAAUUAAAACUAAUAGGAACACUUCGAGUUCUGACAAGUCACUUAAUCCUCACGAGGACAAACGAUUACAGUCAGAAAACCUUUUCGUAAUUUAUUGGUAAUCUCUAAUCGGUUGGAAGGGGGGGGAAAGACAAAAUAUCCUGUGCUGGAAAAGACAUGAAACUUUUAUUCCUUUUUAACUAGAAAACAAAAGUAAAAGUUCACAUGUGGGUUAGCUAGAAACUGUCAGCAUGUUAAGUUAAAAAAGAAGAAGAAGAAAUUAUGAAGUAACAUUGCAGUUAAAAGAUAUUAUUACUUUGAAAAUCGAUAAGUGCAAUCCUGUCUGAAAUACAGUAUAUUGUUUAUUUUUAAGGCCUCUCCUGGUCUCUGUUUUAAAAUAAUUACUUUGCCAGAAGACCUCGACAGAAUGUCCAGAUCUUCUCGAAAGUGUCUAAAUCAGAGUCAUAUUUUUGUUUAGAGUUCUAUUAAUUGCUACAGAAAAAAAAGCAUUUUAUUUUAAAACUGUUGAUAGACUGAUAUUUCUUGGAAGAAAAAAAAGAUCAAAUGCAGGUUAUCACUUGUGAUAUGAAAAGAAACUAUUCAACUACAGCUGUUAUUUCUCUUUAGAAAUGUAAACCUAACAAUAUAUGUCGUAGUUAAUGACACUAUUUCAAAAUUAAGAAAAAAUAAUCACUCAUGGAUGCUGUGCAUCAUUAUCAGAUUUAUAAUUUUCACCCUAAAAUAGGGCAUUUGUUGAACUUUGGAGUUCUAAACGGAAUCCUGUAUGUUUUUAAAGUUCUGCCUCAUGCGCUCAGACCAAGCUCUAUAAAAAUAUAUCUAUAUAUCUAUAUAUAAUCUAUUUUUUUGCUAAAGCAUAUAUGUGCAACAUAUUUUUGGUGUUUGAGAAGGGGGCAUAGUGCUGAGUAAUACCUAUAUAGGAAACCUGCUAAUUGGUCCUCUGCUUAGGAAUUCACCGCAUCGUGCAGAGGACAGUCCGUUAGGAGAAAGCAGUGUCUUAAAUGGAGAAACGGUGGCUUGCAUGCAAUUCAUGUGCCUUAGCUGUAACGUGCUGCUUUAUAGCUCAUAGCUUUGUAUUCAGAUUUUAAGUUCAGAUUCCUGAAAUGGUCAUUUUUUUUUAACUGGACUUUAGGCAUAAUGUGCUGACUGGUCUGUAAAAACCCACGCCAAUAUUUUUCGCGAGAUACGGAAACAGAAGCCCAACAGCUGCGCUUCUGACUUAACCAGAUAUUCCAUCCAUUCAGUGUUGUGGAAUACUACUUCUUCAGGUGCUAUAUAUAUAUAUUUGGUGCACGGUGCUCCUAUGGAGCCAGGACUUCUGACAGCGCCCCUGUUUCCAAGGAGAGCUGCUGUUCAAUGAUGCCAUGCUCCUAGGUAGCAGAGCUAACAUCAUUUCAAACUGGCUCGGUUUCAGAAUUUGCAAGGGGAUGUCUUCAGGGGGGUUGGUUUUCUGCCGGGUGCAACAUGCAUCCCUGCAGGGAAAACCCACAGGACCCUGCUCUUAUAAACUACUACCUGAGCCUUUACUAGGAAACAUCUUUCCCAGCCUUCGAAUCAUGCUGAUUGCAACCCACAGAACUUACCGACUUCUGUUUUUAAUAGUCCCUUGUGCGACUAGUAAGUCUAAUGGCAUCGCUUGACCUGUACUACACCAACCAUGUGGGUGCUGCUUUUUAAUUGCAUGGGUGGCUGUGUAACACUUAAGAGUGCUCCCCCUGGACAGAGCUGACGUGCACGUGGGCAGAGGGAUUGUGACCCCCGUUUUCCUAACCAGUCAAUUGUUGUACCCACUCAACCUUUCCGCUUCGGUCGGGUGUUAUAGCCAGAGUUCCAUGUCUAGGGCUCAGUUGAAACCUCACGUCAUCGUAGUUAAGUUCCUUGCUCUUGCCAUUGUCUUUUAUGGCUGUGCCUUUUCACUCAGUGCCUGCCAAAGGCUCCCCGCCCCCUUUUCGUUCUGUUAACAAAUAUAUACGUACCGUGCAUGCAGAGUGAUCCUCGUGGGGCUAUUUUAUUUUUAUUUUUAUUUUUUCCCAGGCACCUGCUUAAGUACUGCCUGCUGCCUGGCAGCCAAAGCAUUCAGUAGCAACCUGUCUUCCUCUUCUUGCCUUCCAUGGUUCAAAGUACUGUAUUUUUCUCUUAUGGUACUAACUUAGCUGUGUCCGCUGGUGCAAACUGACGUGAGAAAGGCAAGCGUUAAAAUCCUAGCUCUGACACAAAAGGAAGACUUCUCCUGCCGAAGAGACAACCUGGCGCAGUUUUACGCAGGCCGGUGUAAACCCAUAACCUUCUGCUUUAGAGGAAAGUGUUAAGUUGGCUUGUGGUACUAUUUUAAUAGUCAUGAAUGUAGGCAGCUGAGCUUUUGUAUAUGCAUUACAGAAUUUUACUGAAAACAGGAUUCCCUAGUGGAAAUGUCCAAAGGGCUCACCCUCCUCAUUGCUAUUACGUCAUGGGCAUUUUACGAGCGCGGUCUUCUACGAACAGUUUAUGUCCUGUUUGAAUAUGAUACUGCUAGAGGACGACCCAGACCCCAUGCAGUGCAGAAUUCCUUUCAAAACAUCUCUUUCUUUUUGAAACCCUAGAAAAUGUGAACAGAGUAGAAGUCAGUGCAGUCUCUCUUUUUCCCGAGUCCACAGAAGUCUAAUUUUCAGCUUGU